UGUGUAUUGGUAGCAUUCUCAAUGGGCUUUGCUAAUAUUUGGAUUCGACAAAAUAUUGUAGCAUGUGAGUUCUGACUACAGAAAUGUAAAGACAAAUUGGAAAAUUCUACAGGGGUUGGAACUAGUUACAAUUGAUGUCUUUAAUACUUUCUCCCCUAUCAAAUAUUAGUCAACAUAUAUUAUACUAAUUCUUUUUGUCCUCUUCUAUGAAGGAAUGGCGACACCUAUGCUGGAGAAUACUUUGCGGACAAGAUGCACGGCUUUGGGGUCUAUCGUUUUGCUAAUGGGCAUCAGUAUGAGGGAGCAUGGCAUGAGGGCAGGAGACAGGGCUUGGGGAUGUAUACAUUUAGGAAUGGAGAGACUCAAUCAGGCCACUGGCAAAAUGGCGUCCUCGAUACUCUAAGCACCCAGAAUACUCCCCCAGGAUCUCCUAUUGCGGUUAACAAUUCCAAAGUACUUAAUGCUGUUCAGGAAGCAAGAAGAGCAGCAGAGAAGGCUUACAAUGUCCCGAGAGUAGAUGACAGGGUGAACAAGGCUGUCGCAGCAGCAAACAAAGCAGGCAAUGCGGCAAGAGUUGCUGCCGUGAAAGCCGUUCAAAAGCAAAUCCCUAGUCGUUCCGGCGAUUUACCGAUGCCGAUUGUCUGAAACCUUACCCUUGAAGGGGGAUACUUUAAUCUUUCAGCAAGGCCGGCCCACAUUGCUUUCUUCGAGCAAAGCCAUCACAGCAGACAAGGUCGGAACUAAAAGAAAAACUCCCAUUACCUGGUGAAUUGUUGUUCUUUCAGUCCUUGCUCUCUAUUUCUCCUGAGAGCAGUGUCUAUACAAUUCCAGCCUCGAGUGACUUUUCAGUUAUCGAAGAUAAUUGAAAAACGGCAGCUGGUUUUCUCUCAUUUUCUUUUCGUGUUGUAUGUGAAUAUGUAAGUGCCUCAUCGGUUGCGGCACUUCUAUGUGAUAGGAAGGACUUUAGUCGCCUUAUGCAUGUAUAGAGCUGGUCACCGCCGUGUUGGUUUGAUGAGUUGAAACCUCAAGGCGUUCAAUCUUGUACUGGAAAAACUAGCUAUUGUCAUAAAAUUGAGUUGGGAUAGCAUCUUACUUGUCGAUCAAA